GGGGCGGGGGGCCCCGGAGCCGGCGCGGCCUCGGCCCCGUCGGGGAGGCCGGGGGACCGCCAGGGCGGGGAGAUGCCCGGCGGCGGCAGCGGCCCCGGCCGGGGCCCGUGACCAUGGGCAUCGCCGAGUCCACGCCGGACGAGCUGCCGUCGGAAGCGGAGGAGCAACUGCGCAACGGCGAGCAGCAGUUGGAGCUAAGCGGGAGGCGGCUGCGGCGGCUGCCCAGCGCUGUGUGCGCUCUGAGCCGCCUGCAGAAGCUGUACGUGAGCGGCACAGGGCUGCGGGAACUGCCCGAGGAGAUCGAGGAGCUGCGCGAGCUGCGCAUCCUGGCGCUAGACUUCAACAAACUGGAGCGCCUGCCCGACGGCCUCUGUCGCCUGCCGCGCCUCACGCGCCUCUACCUGGGCAGCAACCGGUUGCUGGCGCUGCCCGCCGACUUCGCGCAGCUGCAGAGCCUGCGCUGCCUCUGGAUCGAGGGCAACUUCCUGCGGCGCUUCCCGCGGCCGCUGCUGCGCCUGGUGGCGCUGCAGUCGUUGCAGAUGGGCGACAACCGGCUGCGCGCGCUGCCCGCCGAGCUGCCGCGCAUGACGGGUCUGCGCGGCCUCUGGCUCUACGGCAACCGCUUCGAGGAAUUCCCGCCCGCUCUGCUGCGCAUGGGCCGCCUGCACAUCCUCGACCUAGACCGCAACCGCCUGGGCGGCUUUCCCGACCUGCACCCGCUGCGCGCCCUGCGUGUCUUCUCCUACGACCACAAUCCGGUCACUGGGCCCCCACGAGUCGCCGACACGGUCUUCCUUGUGGGCGAGGGCGCCGUCGAGCGUAUGGCCGAGCGCGACGAGCCCACGCCCCAGCCGCCGCCCCGGCGCCCAGCGCGGGCCUUUGAGGAUGAGGAGGAAGAAGACUUGCUCAUAGGGAGCGGUGGCUGCCGGACUCUGGGGCCCCCGGGGAGCAGCCUCGGAGCCCUGGAAGCAGCUCCAGGACUGGGCACCUGAGCCUGUGCUCUGAGUGAUGGGCUUCGGCCACUCUGGGAGGAGGGGCUCUGGGAAGGUUUGUGGGAGCAGCGAGCCUUAACUUGUGGCAAAGGCAAGGUCACUUUGAGCCAGCUGCCCCGGGGACAGGCAGGCCUGGGGGCCAUCUUCAGACAUUCCAGGGUUGUAAGAAGACUGCCCCCUGGCUGGUCCCUGGGCAGUCGUCAGGCCGAGAAGUCCCAGCUCUUUCCAUUUCCUAUAGCUCUGUCCGGUCCCUGAUAGUCACUGACAACACAACAAAGGUACCAGCUUCCUCCUGGAACCAGGGUCCACGGAAUCAUCACCAUGGCUGUGGAUGCCCAGGGCGCCCACCAACCUCCCUCUCCUGGAGUUUGGAUCUCCUAGGUCCACCCUUUCUGGGGCAGAAGCUGCUACCUCUGGGGUGGACCACAUGCCUGCGUGAGGCAGAACUGCCCCUGGAGGAAGGCCUGGCCCUGGGGCAGGGCCUUGGAGUUGGCGCCUGUGCCCAGGACAGGUGUGGGAAACAGACUGAGGCCCUAACACUGUAGCUGCCCUUGCCUCUCCAUAGGGGCUCAUCGUGCAUACCUCCCUACCCAGGCCCCCUAAAUUUUGGGUGGGGGAGGGGGAACUCAGAAGGCAAAGUCUCUUCCCCUGCCUUUCACUGUUUUCUUCUCCCUGCUUGUGCCUGGGAUCUUGCUGGGAAAGAGAACUCUCCCUCCCUUCCCCACAGCCUGAGCCUUCCAGCUGUCAAGUUUGAAAAGAAGCCACUGUGCCUCUAGGGCCUCCUGCACCCGAGAGAGAGGCUCUCUGCUCUGGGAGGCUGCUCCAGCGCCUCUCCCACUGCCUGCACUCUCCAUUCCCUUAAAUGGGCACCAUCAGGGUGGCUGGCACGGCGUGGGGCAUGAGACGAGCUCCGUGUGCCUCCACUCCGUCACCAGGAACAGCCUCCAGGGGUGAGGAGUGGGGCCUCACUUUGUAAUUCCCAGGGCCAGAUCUUUCCCAUCCAAGCAAUAAUGGGAGGAGGGCCCAGGGCCAGGGACACUCAGGGACACUGUCAGGGGCAGGGGCCCCUCAUGGUAGUGUUUUCUUUAGGAAGAAAAAAAAAAACUGGCUGUAAACAUAAAUUAUAUUUCUCAGAGACAGAAUGUGUGUUUCCCACAUGCCUGUUUAUUUAU